AUGACUGAUUCGUCGCCGGAUUUCUUGCGCUUUACAGGGCACCGUUCCUUCACGCGGCGAUUAAUCCUCUCAACUCUGACCGGCCGUCCAAUCCACAUAUCUAAAAUCCGCAGCUCGUCGCCAACGAAUCCGGGUCUAGCGCACCAUGAAAUUUCCUUUCUGCGACUACUCGAAGCGAUUACCAAUGGCAGCUCCAUGCAAAUAUCAUACACCGGUACAGCAAUAACAUACCAUCCUGGCCUCAUCACCGGCACAAUCGCCGGACAGGGUGCCACUGAAGAUGGCAUCAUCGAACACAGCCUGCCCCCCACCAUGACCCGCGGGAUCACCUACUUCCUCCUCCCGCUCUGUCUCCUCGCUCCAUUCUCCAAGGCGCACAUGAAUGUGCGCUUAUCAGGCGCCGGUGUCAUCACAUCCUCGACCGAGACGGGCGACGUGUCCGUCGAUAGCUUCCGAACAGCCAUUCUGCCGCUCUUUGGCCUCUUUGGCAUCCCGCCGGCACGAAUCGAACUCAGAGUUUUGCAAAGGUCUUGCGCCGGCCCUGGAGGCAAGGGUGGUGGCGGCGUCGUCGAGUUGCGAUUUGCGAGCCAAGUCCGUCUGCCAAAGACGCUGCACUUGAACAGAAACCCUGGUCGGGUCAAGAGAAUCCGCGGUGUUGCGUACAGCACUGGUGUUUCGGCCUCGAACAACGCUCGCAUGAUUCACUCGGCGCGAGAAAUACUGAACCCUCUUGUCAGCGACAUCCACAUUGCCGCGCAGUACGAUCAAGCGCCGCUGGUCCCGAUUGGCGACAAGGCCGGCAGCAAGCGCCGUCUGGGCAUUGGCUAUGGCUUGAGCUUGGUGGCCGAGUCCAACUCGGUCGGCGUGAUUUACUCUGCUGAUGUUGUUGUACCGCCUUCUGGUGGUCAGGUGCCUGAGGAUAUUGGUCAGCAAUGCGCAUAUCAAUUGCUCGAGACCAUCUCACAAGGCGGCUGUGUGUCUCAGAGCACAGCAAGUAGCAUGAUGAUACUCAUGGCCAUGGGCUCUGAGGAUGUUGGCCGUAUACGAAUUGGCAAGAGGGUACUCGGAACGGAAGACAUGGUCAUGUUGGCAAGAGACCUGAAGGCAUUUGGUGCCAGCAGCUGGGGUCUGCGUGACGUAACAGAGGACGAUUCGGGAGAUAUCAUUGUAUCUGUAAAGGGAAGUGGGGUUGGCAAUGUUGGCAGAAAGAUAGCAUAG